CCCUUUAAAUAUCUAAAGCAGUUUUACUGUCAUUGUAGAAAGUUCUAGACAGGCCAGUUCUGAGUUCAUUUUCUAGGAGAACAGCAUUUGAGCAGGUUUACAGUGACAGUUGUUGCAACCAACCACCUGAGAAAACAUGCCCCGUGAGUACCCCUGAGUACUCUGCAUGCCUUUACUCUGACGGUGUGGAAUUAACUGUCCAGUGCUGUGUGUAUUGUAACUGAACUAGCUUGUCAUCUCCGAUUAAUAACAGACCUACUCCCCCCUCUCUCAGACAGGAAGAAAAAAUGUCCGUACUCACUUCUCCCAGAGGGAAGACAGAGGUGGUUCACUGCCGAAGAACAGAAUCCCAGGAUAUCCUCUGUAUCAAAAGCCUCAUUAGAAAGUCUACCCAGAGGCUGUUUGGGAGGCUCAGCAUCAUCUAUCUCCUAGAAAAGGCUAACCUUGCUGUUACCCUCUGCAAUGACAAGGAGGAGAUCAUGGCGAACGCCAUCUUCUUGGACUAUCCCAACUGGAAUGUUGCCAAGCAAGACGACUGGAUAUCAGUGUUCCGGGAGCUUGACAGCGAGCUCCCCUGCACGCCCCUGAACACACUGUUUAUGCACUUCUUUGUGGCUGUGGAUGAGUACGCCACUGGCUGCCUCAAAGAGAUAAUUCGGACUGUGUUCAAGGCAGUUCCUGAACUGUACUUCAUAUUCGUCAUAGUGCCAAUGCAUGUGAACCUAGGCUCAACUCUGAUAACGGUAUUUGACCAAGUGGGGAACAUGCCGUGUCUGACCUACGAUGAAGACUUUGCAGUGCACAUAUGUCACAGGCAUAACCACUACCCUCAGCUGCACAUUCGCAAAGCCAGAGUUGAAGACCAUGAUGACCUCAUGCCAAUAUUUAUGCACUAUGACAGCACUCUGAAAGAGAUUUAUGGCGAAUACUUCCUGGCUGAAUUAAUAGAGGCCCAAGAUGAAGAGAAUCAUGCCGCGGUGUGUGAGGUUGGAGGCAAGGCUGUUGGGUUCAUGAGUGUGUGCUCCAGCGUGAACUUGCCCCUGCUGCACGAAUGCUUUGACCUGGGCCCUUUUCAUGGAUUCUGUGUCCCGCAUCCAGACGAUCUUCUGGAGCCAUCAAAAGAAUCAAGUAUUGAAGAAAGUCAAGACACUGACGUCACGAGUGGCAGCCAGGGUUCUUGUAAAGAAGAGCCAGGGGGAAGUGCUUCUGCAGAGGAGAUGACCCAGGAGAAAGACGCCAGAGCAUCUUCAUCUGAGGUUGUCUUGUCACCAUACUUAAGUAAAGUAUCUGAUGAUAUGCAGGACGUGGAACAGAACUUCAGCCUGCUUUCCGUCGUGGGUGAUGACAACGAGGUCAGCAGUUUGAGCAGUGAGAGUUCCCUGCCCUCCUUCCUGUUCUCCGAGGAACAUCCCCACUUCCGCCCCAUCUACCUGGGAGACUCUGCCGCGUUUUGUAUUCAGCUCUUUUGUAUUGAUGAGAAAUAUGAGGCAAGGUCCCUGGAUUUUAUGAGUUUUGUCUUCAGUCUUUUUCCUGAUAAGAACUUCUGCUUGAUAUCUGUGCCCCAUCUCACAACUGAGUUUGUCCUCAUCCAGAACUUUGUGAAGGUUGUCCCAUUCAACACGUGCACCCUGAAGCAUGAUCUCUAUGUCUUCCAUCGAGCCGGAUUGCUCAGGUCCAUUAACAUAAGGCCAGCCAGCCCUGAGGAUACUCCUGGUAUUGAAAAUCUUAUCAACACCCUCAUGCUCAGUAGGAAGAUCCUGGAUGAAGCAGACCAGUACAACAAGGCUCGCAGAGACCCCGAUGGAACCGAGAUGCAGGUGUUUGUAGCUGAAGUUGCAAAGCAAAUAGUUGGCAUUGCAGUGAUCAGAAAAGAAAUGGACGUAGAGUACAUACGGUCUCAUUAUAACAUCGAGGAUUUCAUCUACUUCAGCCACCACCAGCAAGAAGAGCACGGGCGCUUGAACCAUUUCGCCCUGAACCCGAUUUUCCGACACUACACCAAGUUUUUCCUGAAGGAGAUCCUCCGCUUAGGCUACAAGUCAUGCCUCUACUACCCUGUCUAUUCGCAUCCCCGGGAAGGCAAGCUCCAGUGCUCUUAUGCCCACUCCCUGACAUCUGCCCUUCAUUACUUGGUUCCCGUGCGACCACGACGACAGAUUGUCUAUCCUCUGGAAAAGCUUGGCAUAAACGCUCCAUCAAAGGAGGUCUGCAAGGAUCAGGUGGGUUUUGCCUUGAACCACACGAACAGAAAACUGACAUUAGAACCGAAAGUCACUGUCAAUGCCAGAAUUGUUGUGGUUGGUGCGUCCAGUGUUGGAAUUUCGUUCCUAGAGACAUUGGUGUUUUGCUCUCACCUGAAAUUUAAUAAUCUCGUCCUGAUUUCAACUCAUGGACUCCCAGGAAAAAAACUUUUGGGCAACGAACAAAGGAAGUUUCUAGCAAGCGACCACUGUUUUAAUGACAGAGAUUUUGCGCUGAUGUCACUGUGCUCCUGGGUUAAUGUUGUGGUUGGUAGAAUGACGGGCUUAGACCGAGCAGCCAAGUGUGUUGUGGUUUCCAAGAAUGAGACCGUGUUCUAUGACCACCUCAUUCUCUGUACCGGGCAGCAGUACCAGGUUCCCUGCCCCACGGGGGCCAGUAUUGAUCAACACCUGACGAACAGAGAGGUUUCGGAGAACAGCAAGCGGAGGUACACUGGGAAAGUCCCUUACAACCUUUUCAUUCUCAACGACGAGGAAGACUGCGUCAAGGCCCUCAAUUGGCUGAGAAACAGCUCCAUCCUACCAGAAGGGAAGGUCAUUGUCUAUGGGAACACAAUUGAUGCGUAUACCACAGUAGAGACACUCCUACACAUUGGCCUGCAGGGGAAGUGCAUCUACUUCGUGCAUCCCCCAGCUGACUCUAACAUAACCUACAUCAACAACUAUGAGAUAGAGAGUGCUGUGGAAGACGCGCUCAGUGCUGCUGGAGUGACUGUCUAUCAGGACGCCCUGCUGGCUCAGUGGAAUGACGGGCAGGACCCGGAUCCCAUCCACAGCGCCUGCUUCACCACGUCCACCAAGCCUUUCAGACUGGAGUGUGAAGCAUUCUUCAGCUUCUACAAGAAGAAUGUGGAUUAUGAAACAUUUAAAGCAUUUAAUGACGCAUGCCUUGUCUAUGAUGGCCGUCUUGUGAUUGACACUACCUUCCACACCAAUGAUAUAGCCGUCAGAGCCGCUGGCUCACUCACCAAAUUCUCCAACCGCUAUUAUGCCAAUGAGUGGACUCACAGAAAUUUCAGUUCCAAAGAAAUUGGUUUUCAGCUGGCAGCAGCUAUGCUCAGUCUCUUUGACCCAACCCUUGAGCCUGUGACUAAACCGCCAGCUGACCUUGACCGCCUCAUCCCCAUGUACAAGGGAGCCAAGAUCCAAGGAGGGAUUCUUCCUGGGUCUAAACAUUAUCUGCAUAUCUCCAAACCUGCCAUCCCAAGUCCCUUGGAUGUGCAACGAUCACAGCCUGAUUUUGGUUCAGAAAUAGUAACAGGCAAUGUGAAAGACGGGACAUACUUCCGACUGUACAUUAACAAGUACAAGUUGGUGGAGGCCAUCACCUGCUUUUCAAAGGAGCCUUUCCCAGUCUCCAACUACAUCCGCUUGUUCGGACAGCAUGAGCGAAUCCUCAACAACCUGUGUACUCGUUAUGAUGACAACCUGAUCCCAGAUCUCUACAGCUACUUCACCGAGCCGUGGUGCAUGGCCAUCUUCCACGAUCGUUUUAUUGAUCUCAGGAAAGAACUGCGCCAAAUCUUAGUGUCCAAGCAGGAGGAAGAUAAGCCUUCCAUGGAGCAGCUAGCCUACAAGAUAGAGGAUGAGGAGAUAAACCUGAAGGAGAAGCCCCAGAAAUACCUCCAAAGGGUUUUUGAGGAUUCCAUCUACAAAAGCCUGACGGAGAGAAGCAUCCUGGAUUUCCUUCAUUACAACCAGUACCACCUGCCCAUGUAUGCGUGGCCCGGCAUCAUCUAGGCAGCCAGAGGCCCCUGCGCUUCCGCCAGUGGUUUCCCGGUCCUCCAGUAGGUGGCGCUCGCCUGUGUGGCACUGCUAAGCAGGGGGCUUUACAAACACAGCAAGGUCCUGUGCAGGGUAAUCCACUCUAGCAAUAAAAUGAGCUUCUCCUGAGCAAGACUGGUUUCUACCUUGUAUGUGAUUCUGUUUGACUUCUGGAAUGUUCUUCUGCCAGUUCCAUUAGCCCUCCCU